GGAGUUUACCUGAGUCACGGUGGUUGCUUAGAGGUUUCAACGGACCACGUCAUCGUUGAACACGCUAUCUACCGGAAAAAAAAAGCGAUCUUCCUGAUACACAUGCACCAACAUGUUGAUUAUAUAAAGAGAGUUGUUGCGUCAGAACGAUUACUUGGUCCUUACAAUUUUUCUCGGCUCAAAGAACUGCCAUAGAAACAUCGGAGUCGAGUUGGCGCUGACUUCUGAGAUUCGAACUCCACCCUGAUCGCAUCUCGGCAGUUCAGGCCAGGUCACGUGUUUUGUGCGAUUUCUACCAGGAAAGCAGCAAGGAAAGCAACUACACAAGGAAGACUCGUAACCAGAAAUAUUUCUUGUUCAUGUUUUAACUGUUAAAAACGUUUUCUCAAAAUGAACAAGUUUGUUGCCAUGGACAAGGGAACCAAGCUGCUGCUGGGCGGGGUGGUGGCGUUGUCCACGGUGUGGUGGUGGCUGACAAGACGAUCUGAAGACCUGCCCCCAGGACCUGGACCUGCCCUCCCGCUGAUCGGUCACCUCCACUUGAUGAGAAAAGAUCCUCGGCAGAAGUUCGCAGAAUGGCGGCGACGGUACGGUGACGUGUUCAGUCUGUACGUGGGCAACCGCCUGGUGGUGGUGCUCAACGGCUACAACGUCAUCAAGGAUGCGCUGGUCAAACACGCCGACGUCUUCACCGACAGGCCGCACUUCUAUUUCACAGAUUAUAUUGCAAAAGGCAAAGGUGUUGUCGCCUCGUCGGGCGUCCUGUGGAAGGAGCAGCGGAAGGUGUCGCUGGAGAUUCUGCGCGAGAUGGGGAUGGGCAAGAAUUUACUGGCCGAGAAGAUCCAGAAGGAGGUCGCAGAAUAUGUCCAGGCCGUCGCCGCUCAUCGGGGAAAUCCCUUCGAUCCGAAGGACCUGACACACGUCAGCGUGUCCAACAACAUCUGCUCCGUCGUCUUCGGGACACGGUAUGAGUACGACGACCCGACUUUCCUCAAGUACAUAGCCACUAACGACGAAAACUUCAAACUUGUGUACAAAGCUUCAGCCCUGGACUUUGUGCCCUUGCUAAAGUACUUACCUUUCGACAUUUUCAACACAAAAAUUAUCUUAAAAAACUCAAAUUAUUUACAAGGCACGUUUAUAAGGCCGCAUCUGGAAAGUCACGUGAGCAACUUCCCCAGAGGCUGUGAUCAAGUCAGCGACUUCAUUGAAGGCUACUUGCGGGAGAUGAACAGGGUCAACGGCAGGUCAACCACACUGGAUGAGGAAAACCUCGCAAUGGUAAUGACCGAUCUCUUCAUCGGCGGGACCGAGACUACAGCCAAUUCCAUCCUCUGGGCUCUCGUCUACUUUCUACACAACCCAAAGGUGCAGGAAAAGUGCUUCCAGGAGAUACAGCGAGUCGUCGGUACUGAGCGAGCUCCGACCAUCCGUGACAGACCGGAACUGACGUACGUGGAGGCCACCAUCAUGGAGGUCUUGAGGCUCGCCGACAUCACGUCGCUUGGUGUCCCUCAUGGACUAGAGCAGGAUGUCGAGUUCAUGGGCUACAAGCUGCCCAAGGGAACAGUAAUCAUCCCCAAUCUAGAGUCGGUCCUUCAUGACCCAGACAUCUGGGAUGAGCCACUUGCCUUUCGACCCGAGAGAUUUCUCGACACAAGUGGUAAAAUCAUCAAGCGUAAAGAGUACAUUCCUUUCGGUUUGGGACGGCCGAAUGUGUCUGGGUAAGGACAUGGCUCGGACGGAGCUCUUCCUGUACCUCACCGCCAUGAUUCAACGCUUCCGCUUCCUGCCACCGGAAACUGGAGAGCUUCCAUCUUUGAAAGGAAUCUUUGGAGUAACUACCAGUCCCGACUCUUACAAAGUUCGUG